AUGACUAGAUCCAUAAAUCAAACACCAUUUUUAGAUGCAGUAAAAAUCUUUAUAAGUCUGAUUCAACAUUACCAAAAAAUUAUUACAAGAUAUGAAUUAACUAAAAAUAUUAUAGAAAGUCAAUAAUUUAAUACUAAAGUAAAAUAUACAUUAGUCUAAGUAAUACGUAUCAUUAUAAUAAUGAGAACAAAAAUCAAGGAAUUUUUCAUUAAUUAUAGAUUUUAGAUAUUUGCAAUAUAUAUUCCAACUAGAAUGAUAUAUGUAUUUUGUUAUAAUCCAGCACGCAUUUGUUAUGUUUCACUUUUUAAAAGUGAAAAGCUUUACUGCAAUGGAAGAAAUCCUUUUUCAAAUAGAUAAUAAAGAAAAGGAUUAAUUUUAUAUCUUUGA